AAGAACAUGAUAGAUACUGCAGUGUCCACAGGCUACACCCAGAAGGACUGCUACUGUUUGUUGUGUACACCUGGUAGUUAUGAAGUAAAUGGAACAUGUGUUGAUUGUCCAAUCGGUAGUUAUCAAGACGAAUAUGGUCAGACUGAAUGUAAAUGGUGUCCCGAAAAUCAUUCAACCAGACAUGAAGGAGUUAAAUAUUUUGAGUAUUGCAUACCAUUGUGUCGUCCUGGUCGCUACUCUGAUUCUGGUCUCAGUCCGUGUAACAGCUGUCCUGCUAAUUAUUAUGCACCCGGUUAUGGUAAUACUGAAUGCCUGCCAUGUGAAGAAGGAUCUUACAGUUCUAGAAGCUCUGGAGAAUGUACAGAGUACUGUCCAGUUGGUUACCGAUCUCCAACCGGAAGACAGCCAUGUUUCAAGUGUCCUCGUGGUUUCUAUCAAGAUGAGAUUGGGUCCAGGAGAUGUAAAAGAUGUGAAGAUCAUGAAACAACAGUAGACCGUGGCUCUGAUAGUCCAGAUGACUGUGUUGAUGCCUGUCAUACUGAACCAUGUUUAAAUGGUGGUACAUGCUCAGCGGGACCAGGACACACUUGGCAUUGUGAAUGUCCUCAACAUUUCUUUGGAAUACGAUGCGAAGAUGAAACAAGUUGUGCCAGCGAUCCUUGUCUGAAUAGCGGUACAUGUGUUGAUACUGAUGACUCUUUCUACUGUGUCUGUCCUCCUGGAUAUUGUGGCGAUUAUUGUCAGAAUCCACCGCAUCCAUGUUACAACAACCCCUGUCUAUUUGGUGGUACUUGUCUACCCACUGACAACGAACGAGGAUUUGAGUGUCACUGCCGAAAUGAUUAUCAUGGAGACUUUUGUGAAGAACCUGUGGAUGAUUGUGAAAGCGAUCCAUGUCUCAAUGAUGGUGUAUGCUGUGAUAUUGGUUUUGAUGAUGUUGUUUGUUUCUGUAAACCAGAUUACACUGGGGAGUUCUGUGAAUAUCCAAUUGAUGAUUGUGAUCCCAACCCGUGUCGCCAUGGCGGCACAUGCGAAGACGGUAUCAAUACAUUCACAUGUCACUGUCCAGUGGGCUAUUCGGGUAAAAGGUGUCAACGUGAUGAUGAUGAUUGCGCUGAUGUAGAAUGUUAUAAUGGUGGCACUUGUAUUGAUGGUGAUAAUUCCUAUCAUUGUGACUGUGCUGAUGGAUACACUGGUGAUGAUUGUUCAUUGGAAGAUUUAGACCCAUGUGAUCCCAAUCCUUGUCAAAACGAUGGCUCCUGUGCCCCAUCAGACAAUCCAGUCAGCCCUGGUGAUCCAUGUACCUGUCAGAAUAUUAUUUGUACAUGUCAGCCUGGAUUCACUGGCAAGUAUUGUGAGGUAAGUUUGGAGAUUCUUGCGUGUAUGUUCUGAUGCCAAAUAAUGUAAACUUGAUGCUUGUUUUUUUAAA